AUCAUCCUGAACUCCAUGCACAAAUACCAGCCCCGGCUCCACAUCGUCAAAGCGGACGAGAACAACGGCUUCGGCUCCAAGAACACCGCCUUCUGUAGCCACCUCUAUCACUUCAGUAGAGGCCACCAAAGUGGUGGCCUGGCUGGCAUCUCGGGGAGUGCCUCCAUGCAGAGACUGAACCAGAUCACCCAGUUAAAGAUUGAGAACAACCCCUUUGCAAAAGGUUUCCGCGGCAGCGAUGACAUGGAGCUCCACAGGAUGUCCAGGAUGCAGAG